AUGCUCUACGUGGACAAACACAGACCACGGUCCCUUGAGGCUUUACACUACCACGAAGGCCUCUCCACAAGGCUCAAAGCACUCGCACAAUCCGGCGACUUCCCCCACCUCCUCAUCUACGGGCCCUCCGGCGCCGGCAAGAAGACCCGCAUCGUCGCAACGCUCAAGGAGCUCUACGGGCCCGGCGUUGAAAAGAUCAAGAUCGACAGCCGCACCUUCACGACCGCCAGCAACCGCAAGAUCGAGUUCACCGUCGUCGCGUCCGUCUACCACCUCGAGAUCACGCCCAGCGACGUGGGCAACCACGACCGCGUCGUAAUACAAAGCCUGCUCAAGGAGGUUGCGCAGACGCAGCAGGUGGACCUCGCGGCAAAGCAGCGCUUCAAGGUCGUGGUCAUCAAUGAGGCCGACUCCCUCACCCGCGAUGCUCAGGCCGCGCUUAGGAGGACCAUGGAAAAGUACUCGCCGAACCUCAGGCUGAUUCUGAUUGCGAAUUCCACGGCGGGGAUUAUUGCGCCGAUUCGCAGCAGGACGUUGUUGGUGAGGGUUGCGGCGCCGAGUAUUGAUGAGAUGGUGGAGGUUAUGAAGUAUGUGGCUGGUGCGGAGAAGCUAAAGUGGGAAGAGACCCUGGCCGUGAGGAUUGCGGAGGAGAGUAAUAGGAACCUUAGGAGGGCGUUGUUAAUGUUUGAGGCGGUCGAGGUUGUCACCGCGAAAACACCAAUCCCACCGCCCGACUACGAGUCACUCAUCCAGCAGAUUGCCGACGAGCUCCUCGCCGACCACACACCGCAGCGCAUCCUCGCCGUCCGCGCAAAGUUCUACGACCUCCUGACGCACUGCAUCCCCGCCACCGUGAUCCUCAAACAGCUCACCUUCCGCCUCAUCGCAAAGAUUGACGAUGCGCUCAAGACCGAGGUCAUCAAGUGGAGCGCCUUCUACGAGCACAGGAUACACCUAGGCAGUAAGGUCAUUUUCCACCUCGAGGCGUUUGUGGCAAAGUUCUUGAGGAUAUUGGAGAGUUACCUGAUGGGUAUGGAGUUUUAG